GGGCGUGAGGGGCGGGGAGCGGCGCUCACGACCAGCCUAGGCUGGCUCCUCGAUAGUGGGGUUGGCAGUGGCGGUCGGCAUGGGCGAUGGGGGCGCCGAGCGCGACCGGGGCCCCGCGCGCCGGGCGGAGUCUGCUGGCGGCGGUGGGCGCGGCGGGGACCGCGGCGGAGCGGAGGACUUGCGAGCUGAUGGCGGUGGCCACAGCCCAACGGAGGUGGCCCGGACCUCAGCCUCCAGUCCCGCAGGCUCCAGGGAGAGCGGAGCCGACAGCGACGGGCAGCCCGGGCCCGGCGAGGCAGACCACUGCCGCCGCAUCCUGGUGCGAGAUGCCAAGGGGACAAUUCGGGAAAUUGUCCUGCCUAAGGGCCUGGACCUGGACCGGCCCAAGCGGACACGUACAUCCUUCACUGCCGAGCAGCUGUACCGCCUGGAGAUGGAGUUCCAGCGCUGCCAGUACGUGGUGGGCCGCGAGCGCACUGAGCUGGCCCGCCAGCUAAACCUCUCCGAGACCCAGGUGAAGGUCUGGUUCCAGAACCGCCGCACCAAGCAGAAGAAAGACCAGAGCAGAGACCUGGAGAAGCGGGCGUCCUCCUCAGCCUCCGAGGCCUUUGCUACCUCCAACAUUCUGCGGCUGCUGGAGCAGGGCCGGCUGCUCUCUGUGCCCAGGGCCCCCAGCCUCCUGGCGCUGACCCCUAGCCUGCCAGGCCUACCUGCCAGCCACAGGGGCACCUCCUUAGGUGACCCCAGGAACUCCUCUCCACGCCUCAACCCGCUGCCCUCGGCCUCGGCUUCCCCCCCGCUGCCACCCCCUCUGCCAGCUGUCUGCUUUUCCUCGGCCCCACUGCUGGACCUGCCUGCUGGCUACGAACUGGGUUCCUCGGCCUUCGAGCCAUACAGCUGGCUAGAACGGAAAGUGGGCAGCGCCGGCAGCGGCAAGAAAGCUAACACUUAAGACUCCUACCCUGUGACACUGAGUCCUGAGCACAGCACCUUCCCAGCCUCCUGUGCCCCAGAGGACUGCACUGAGCAGGCCCCGGAGAGGAGGGGCAGCAGCCUCGCACUCCUCCCCACCUGCCCCCCAGCUCAGAGACUCAAGACCAAACGGCCUUGGUCCCGCAGCUUGUGUGCGUGAGUGGUGUGCGUGUGUGUGUCUCUCACUGAAAUAAAAGGAAAACAAUGACAAGAAGGGAAACAGCGCCCACAGCACAACUACUUACCCCUCAAUCCCUUUUAUCCCUCUUGUCACUGGAAGGGAAAAUGGACUUAGAGUCAGAGGGACCUCAGAUGGGAGGGGGCAGAAACUGGGAUUCUGGGGGUCAGGGCACUCACAUGUGUGGGUCAGCAGGCACCUGACUCCCACUCAAUAGAGGCCCAUGGCACCAACACAAAUUCUUUGGUUAAAUGUU